AUGGCCACCUUCACCCUCUUUGGGGUAACCCCAGCUAACACCAGCAUCUAUUGGUGCUUCUACCACAUUGCAGACACCUAUCUUCUGCCCUCAGCCCUUGGGGGCCGUGUGAUGCUGAAGGUGACAUGGGGACCUGCACCUCCAGUUGCUGAGCAGUCCCAUGGGAAUCUGGUGGUGGUGAUGAUAGCGUCAGAUGUGGAAGCUUGCAUGGAGAUCACCAUCGUCGUACGGCAACUCACGAAAGAAAUGAAGUGGAAAUUUGGAGAGGAACAAGCAGUGAGGGAAUUGCUGACCAACUCUGGCAAUGCCAGUUCCACCAGCCAGGAGGAAUCCAGGGACAUCUCGCUGUCCCCAAGCUGCUCCUGCCUCAUGGCACCAAUGGUGGUGGACCUCAUCCUCGCUGCCUGGGUCCGACUCUAUCGGUACCAAAAUGCAACAUACAUCGAGCAGAAGGACAACGUGCAGGACAUGGCUGAGUUCUCCUUGACUAGCAUUAAACAGGAAGCUGCAGUGAUAUAUCAGUGCCAGUACCAGGGGUUGGAGCCUGCAGGGACAUUGCAGAAGAGUGACCCCGUGAAGCUGGUGGUGACAGAUCACAGGUAUCCCCCACCUGGCAUUUCCCUCAGCCCUGAGGAACACGUGGAGAUCGGGACUAAUGUCACCAUCCGCUGCUGGAACAACAUCUCAGGGGUUGCCUUCUUCCUGCACAAGGACGGGCACUCAGCCCCUAUUCAGCGCCAAAAACUCAGUGCUGGGAGCACUGCCACCUUCACCCUCUUUGGGGUGACCCCUGCUGAUUCUGGCACCUAUAGGUGCUCCUACCGCAUCAGGGGCUGCUGCCUUCUGUUCUCACCCCUUGGGGAUAAUGUGACCCUGGAAGUGAUUCCCAGACCUGCACCCCCAGGUGACAAUGGGGGUGCCAGCAGGGACCUGGUGGCAGUAGUGGUGGGGCGCUGGGUUGCUGUGAUUGUCUUCAUCAUCAUCCUCACUGUCUCUGUCCUCCUCGUUGCCCAGAGAUGACAAAUGCAGAGAGAUGAGAGGCCUGGUGACACCUCCAGAAGCCCUGAGGCCGUGCACUUCCAGGUGUCCCCCGGUGACAGCGAGGGUCUGACCUACGCCCAGCUGCAAGCUGUGACCCCCAGCACCCACCCCCCCGCCUCUUCUACCACCCCUGAACCCCCCAUUAUCUACGCCGAGGUGGGCACACGGGGACCCCGCUGA